AUGGAUACCUCGACCACCUCUCCCGUUCCUGAGGAGGCUCCUGUAGCCAAAUUGCAGCUCAAUGCCAAGCGGAAAUGUGCCCUAGUAGUAGGGUUCAAUGGUACCAAGUACCGAGGCUUACAGAUGAAUGCUGAUAACUGUGAUCGUAUAGACUAUGUCGAGUCAGACCUACUAGGGGCUAUGAAGAGGGCUGGUGUGGUGAAGCCUGAUGUCGUACGUUUAGAUGAGAUUCAGUGGACGAGGAGUAGUCGGACAGAUGCUGGUGUCUCGGCAGCGCGUAUCGUGGUAAGUGCUAAAAUACUAGUUCAUGAGGCACCUGAGGUGAAAGGCAAUCGUCAGCUGAUAGGGUGA